UGUUGUCUAAUUCUCAAGUGUUCUCUGCUUUUGUAUUGCGUUGGAUUGUUUUAAAAUGGCUCAUUCGGUAAGUUUAUGUAUUUGUUUUGAAUAUAUGUUUACGAUAUUUUUUAUUUUCAGACUAAUAGACUGGAUUAAGUUGUUUUUGAAUAUGUGUUUACAAUAGUUUUAGAUUAAUAUGUUUAUGAUAUUUCUAGAUUAACAUGCUGGAUUUGAUCCAGGCUUGUGGGGCCGAAAGUGAGCUUGACUCUCUCCAGGAGUCGUUUGUUCUGACUGAAGAGCAGAAGAAAGCUGUUCUUCAGCAACACAUUAUAUUCUGGACGAAUGUUAUGGCUGAAGAUAUUGCACAGGAGAAUCCAGUUGGUGUUGUUCAUGGCUUCAUGGAUAAUUGGACUGAGGAUCAAUGCUCUCAAUUUAUUGCGGACUGGGAAAACAAAGAAGGAUUGCGCGAGCUCGAACAGUUGCCUGAACCGUCGGAUAACCAAAUGGGUGAAGGGAGCAAGCAAAAGUACGCCAGUGACGACGUCCCUUCAAAACGCCAAAGACCAGGGAGUAUUUCACUAUUAAAUCGGCCAAGCAAGUUAAUGUGAGGAAAUUAAGGACGACAGGUACAAAUUAAACUGUUUUUUAUAUUUUAAGCGUGUAUUGAUGUCACUUGCUAUCAUGAUUGUUUUAUUAUAAGAAACGUGUUUAGGAUGGCUACGUGUUUCAAAGGAUGGCUAUUCAACGCAUUAUUUGCAAGCUUUUUAUAAAUGGUCAUAACUCUCAAAUGAAGCUUUAGUGUUCACAGGGCUUAUUAAUUUUGACGCUUGGAAUUAUAGCUACAUUUUUAAAGUAUACUUGAGUAGCACUAUACUCCAUUAUAGCGUUGUUUGUGCAACUGACCUCAACUUUUUUAGGUAUCCUUUUCUGGUGAAUUAUUCUAUACUGUGUGAUGUUACAAUAAUCUAUAUACUGAUUAUUGUAUGCUCAAUUAGUGAUAGCUAUUACAGGACAUUUGAUGCUAUCCAUCUUGUGUCUUUCUGGUCGGUAUUACUUGGUUAGUACAAUAGUGUAUUACGGUUUUUAGGUACAGACUACACAGUCCAAUUCAACCCCUUAGAUAAAAUUACUGACCAUCCGUGUGGCAAUCGGUGUCAUACCCAGAACUGUUCCCUCGUUGAAUGGAAAUUUUGCAAAGACUGCAACCACUUCUUUAAAAGUGACAAAUGUUUCAACCGCCAUAAAGAUGAUGCAGGUCCUGCCAAAUCCCUUUGCCGUGCUUUGGUGAAGUGCAAGAAAUGUCAACAUGUUGUUACUCGUGCCAGUCUUUGUGAUCAUCGUGGCAAAGUCAGAUGUUCCACCUGUCAAAAGUAUGUCAAGCCUGAAAACCACCAAUGUUAUCUUCAACUUGUAAAGAUGAAGAAGACACGAUCCCCUGAAGAAGGAAACAAAUUCCUAGAUGAUGAUGUGGCCAUGGAAAACGACUUAAAAGACACCAAAAACCUGAUGUUCUUCGACUUUGAGUGCACGCAAGACGAUGGUAAACACGUCCCCAAUCUCUAUGUAGUCCAGAACGAAAGCGGUGACGAGAAAGUCUUUUCUGGCCUAAACCCUAAAGACGAGUUCUGUGAGUGAAUGUUUCAACAGGAAAACCCCAAUACGACGUUUGUCGUGCAUAAUUUCCAGGCUUACGACGGGUACUACUACUCCUUCAUUACCCGUGGCACAAAAAUCCUUUUGCUCACUGUCCCCGAAAUGAACAUCAAGUUUAUAGACUCGCUCUGUUUCAUCCCAAUGAAACUCGCCGCCUUCCCAAAAACAUUUGGUCUCACAGAGCUUCAGAAAGGUUACUUCCCUCCUUUCUUUAACCGUGCUGAGAACCAGGACUAUGUUGGACCUCUUCCAAACUUGAAGUUCUACGAUCCUGAUGGCAUGAACACCGAUGACCACGAAAAUUUUUAUACAUGGUACAUCGACCUAUCCAAGCGCCAGUACGAGUUCGACUUUCAAGCCGAAAUUCUGCGGUACUGCCAGUCUGAUGUGGACAUUUUGCAUCAUUGUUGUCUCGAGUUGCGCAAACUUUUCCAUCAAAUCACAGAUGUUGACCCCUUUGCCACUUGUCUCACCAUUGCCUCUGCCUGUAACCUCGUCUUCCGUAAGACGUUCCUCCAGGAGAACACCAUCACCGUCAUUCCUCCUUGCGGAUACAAGCCUGAAAACAAACAGUCUGUCAUCGCCUUGAAGAUGGUGGCCUGGGUCACUCAACACAAUAAUAUUGCCAUUCACCAUGCCCGCAACCACGGAGAGCGUCAAUGGCUUCAACGUUGA